AAACUCCAUCUUGCGUAGUUGCGUCAGCUCUGCUGCAAUUUUAACUAAAAUUUUAGCGACCACUCAAUAAUUUCAGUGUUUUUUCUCUCAGAUCGUGAUCAUAAGUGUCAAUAUGCGAAAAUAUAUAUUCUAAAACAAAGUUUCAAACCGCAGUUUCAUGAUAAUUCAUAUUUGGUAAUCUACAGAGUACAGGAAGAUGCUAUGAAAGAUGUAAACCAACUGUAUGGUCACAAACACUAACCUAUACCCACUUUUACUCCGAAUGAGUAAUUGCGUAUCUUCUCUCCAUGUUUUCACUACCAAGGAAACGAGUAAUAAUUUGAAAUUCUCAGUAUAAGUGCACUUGAGUUUACAUGCACCUUCUUGCAAUUAUCGCAAGGUGUAACCUUGAUUUCAGGUGUAAGUCUCUAGCAUGGACGACUAUCCUAUGGAAAUGACUCCGCCCUUGCCAAUUUUUCCGGACCUGACCAAACCCGGAGUUGUGGCAUCGUGGCGCGAAAAAUUUGAGAAGGGUGUCCUUUCCUGCACUCAUUUUAAAGAACAUUGGCGUUUAUGGGUGCCUAAGCUAUUGAGUCCUGAUCCUAAUGGGAAUUGCCUUGAGUGGAAUUUCGAUGAAGAAAGGACACAGAAAAUUUUAUUCGAUUCAUUAGAAGAAUUCAUCUGUAAUGGAGACCCCCAAGAGAUUUUCAAAAGUCUCAGUCAAAUGGAGAAUCCACCAUCCGUUUGUGGGCGCGUUUUUAAAAUGGGAGAGCCAACAUACAAUUGCCGUGAAUGCGCAAUGGAUGCCAGUUGCGUCUUCUGUGUUGAUUGCUUCAAAAAAUCCCCGCACAGACUACAUAAAUACAAAAUGGGGACUUCCAAUGGUGGUGGUUGCUGCGACUGUGGAGAUAUAGAAGCCUGGAAGAAGGAACCGUACUGUGAUAUCCACAUUGCCGGAAUUCAAAAUCGGCAAGCAACCGUCAAGGUUUUACCAUCUGACACGCGUAAAAGAGCUCGGAUUACUUUCUACUCUAUUUUGAAUUAUACCUAUCAGUUAUUGACAAUUGAACACUCACCAGGGCUACCAGCUGAGCUUCGUUUGCAUGAGGCGCAAGAUAAUCCAAUAAUUUUUCUCGACACUCCUGACACUUAUUGCACAGUUUUAUACAAUGAUGAGACUCACACAUUUGAGCAAGUUAUUUCAACUCUAGCCCGUGUUAUCAAGUGUUCACAACGAGAUGCCAUUGAGUUUGUCACAAAUAUUGACAGGGAAGGCCGUGCAGUAGUUAAAUGCUCCACUUUUCAACAUUGCACACAAGUUAAGUCUGAAAUCGAAAAAUUCACGUCACGUCACGGAAAUCGUGCUCUCAAAGCGCUGGUUGUUCAUGCACAUGUCGUUGCCCACCAAUUAUUCGCUCUUCGUCUUUUGACAUGGCUGCAAAAAAUUCUCAUGCACUCAGAGGGCUUUCGCUCUCUGUUCUGUGAAGAAGCUCUUAAGCCUCGAGGUACAGACCCAUGCAUUGUUGAGGGUAUUUUGAGGCGAGACUCGAAUUUGUGGAAAUCAGCGCGGCUUCAUUGGCACAGGCUGUUCAUUUCAGGUAUGAUGAUGGAGUAUGAAAGCAAGAAAACCUUUGCACGGGUAUUUGCCAAGAAUUACGGAUCAAUAAUGAAGGAUUUUAUUCGUGAUGAUCAUGAUCACUCAUUUUCCGUCGCAUCUCUUGCCGUCCAAGUGUUCACCGUUCCAACUCUAGCACAUUAUUUGAUCGCAGACGAAGACGUCAUUUUUAUCCUCCUCAACACAUUUGUCUCUGAGUGCGCGAGGAAGGUGAACAAGCAAAACAAGUUGGAAUUUGAGAAAAAUAUUUAUAGCAAUACUUUUAAGCGAGCUCAGUAUGUCUUGUAUGAUUUGCGAUAUUUGUUAGGAGUUGUUCCAGAAGUGUGGACGGACAAUCUAAGGAAAGGGGUAUUACAUGGUGUUACAUUGAUCUUAAAACUUUUGUCAUAUAUGCAAGGCAUGGACACUGUCACGAGGCAAGUUGGUCAACAUAUGGAAUAUGAACCAGAAUGGGAAUCAGCUUUUAAUCUUCAUAUUAAGUUAGCGCCUGUUAUAACUCAAAUGUUAAAAUGGUGUGGAACUGAUAGAGUUGUUCUUAUUAAAGCAUACCGCGCCACUUUGAAAAAGUUAAUUGUCAAUGCUGGAUUUGAUCCAAAUCAAAUUGGAGAAGUGCGUGAGCUAGCAGAUCAUAGUGCAUCAUGCAUUCAGUUUGAUGUCUCAUCGCAGCCAGUGUCAAUUCAUCUCCCUCUAUCCAGAUUUUUGGCUGGUUUACAUCUUCAUUUAGAAAAAUUUGGAUUACACUUCGACAGUUCUGAGUUUCAGCUUCCAGGGAAACACACUCCUGAGCAAAUCAUUGAGCCUGUCCUCCGCACUCAAGUAAUGAUCUCUCAAGUCCACGCUGGAAUGUGGCGGCGCAACGGCUAUUCAUUGUUAAAUCAGAUUUAUUUCUAUCACAAUGUCAAGUGCCGCUCUGAAAUGUUAGACCGUGACAUCGUACUUUUACAAAUUGGAGCAUCUCUCAUAGAAAGUAAUGAGUUUCUAAUCCAUGUACUUAAUAAGUUCAACCUUAUCAACUGGGCAAACCCAUUGUUUGAUCUAAAAGUCAUAAAAAAUCACGAAGAAGAUAGUUUGCGACAAGUUACAAAUUUAGUGGAAGAAUUUUUAUCUUUAUUGAUUCAAAUUGUUGGAGAGAGGUAUGUGAUAGGCGUUGGUAAAGUUACCCCAGAAGACUGUAUCAAAAAAGAAAUUAUCCAGCAGUUGUGCGUCAAGCCCUUGCCUCACUCUGAGCUUAAUAAGACGUUACCAGACGAUGGGAAUCAUGAAACAGGACUUGAAAGUGUGAUAAAUGAAGUUGCUGUCUUCAAAAAACCCUCACAGAGUUUUGGCAAAGGUGUUUAUGAACUCAUGAAACAGUAUUAUAAUGAUUACAACACUUUCUUUUACCACUAUACGAAAGAAGAGCUCUCUCGCUCAGAAGAAGAACAACGGAAAAGGCGGAAAGCUGCUGGUGAACUGGAGUGCUGUCCACCUCCUCAGUUGCCAGAAUUAACUAUGAGUUUCAACAUGAUUGCAAAUUUGUUGCAGUGUGAUGUGAUGCUCCAUGUCAUGCAAAUUGUAUUGGAACGUAGUUUGAACUUGAGAGCUCAAAGUUUUUCUGAAGCCCAGUUACAUAAAGUUUUGCAUCUCAUUGGUUAUGCACUCCAUGAAGAAGAGAAGAAAACUUACUCAUUUUUCAUAUUUACCGAAAGGGCGGAAAAGUGGAAGCUGGAAAGUUUAAUUGAAGAAUUAAUCAAAAGCCCCCGCGUCGAAUGCCACAAAGACCUCCUAAUUUGGACUUUGAAUAAAUUCCGACAGGUCUCAGCAUUUCACAAACCAGCUAAAACAGAAUCAGAAGAUGCCCCUGCACAGCAAGAAAGCUCUCCUUUACAAAGUAACAACUUAAAGGAUAAAGAGCGUAGAGCUCUGUUAGCAAAGCAGCAGAGAGAAAAGAUCAUGGCACAAAUGAAAGCUCAGCAAAAAAACUUCAUGCAAGAAAAUGCCAAACUGUUUGAAGAGACCGAAGCUACCAAAACAGAUGAUUUGGAUGAGUCAAUGGAUGUGGUUUUAGAUGUUUGGAAUGAGUAUCCAGUUGCCCUUGGUGUCAAUCAGACGGCAAGAGCAGUUUCAGAUACAACGUACACUUGCAUCCUGUGUCAGGAGGAUCAAAAAGUCACAGCAGAUGGACCUGCAAUGGUCUUAGCUGCGUUUGUUCAAAAAUCAACAGUUUUGUGUAGAAACCGCAGCUCAGAAGAAAACUUGGAUGACAGUGCCCUCUUGCAAGAUCCAUACAAUAUUCCUUCAAGCUACGCCCCAACCCCUCACGCCAGCACUUGCGGUCAUGUAAUGCAUAGCACCUGUUGGUUAAAAUACUUCGAAAAUGUUUUCAACAAGGAAAAUAGGCGGCCGUCUCGGUCAGUAAUGCCAACCGUCUAUGAUGUUGAGAAAGAUGAGUAUCUCUGCCCUCUGUGCGAGAGUUUAAGCAACACUGUCUUGCCUCUAAUCCCUCCAUUACAUACACUGCAGCAAAAAGUGCCAGAAAUUCCAGAGUAUACUCUGGAUAGUUAUAUUGAAGCAGUAAAUGUAGCAAUAAAUUACAAAAAACAUUUUUCAUCAAAGAAACCAAAACUCUCAAGUUGUUCUAGUGAUGCUGAUUCAGCUCCCUCUAGCAGUAAGUCUCCUGAAAUUUCAGAAGCAAGCCUGUCACGUGCCAGCCAGAGUAAUGACUCAUCUUUUUCUCAACCUGCUCAGGCAGAUGCGGCAUCUGUUUCAGAGCAAACAGGUGAGCAAGUCUUAUCUGAUUACUUGAUGGAAGAGAGUGCCAACAUCCGAGAACUAUCCCCAGAAGUUGUCACAGAAUAUUCUGAUGGAGAAAUGGAAGUAUUGGACCGUGAUUAUCAUUUUGAUGAUGAGGUUGUGAUGCAAAUAGUUUACCUCUCAGCUCCACCAAACCCCUCUCAACCCAAGCCAUCAAAUUCUGCGCAGAGCUCAACAGAUGUUUCCAAUGUUAUCUCCUCUCCAAUUUUAUCUGAUAACUUACUCCAUAAAAUUCUGAUGUUUGCUAAAGUUACUUACACCAAGGGGUUGGGUCCUUUAUCCCGGCCGGAUGAUUCCAGAGUUCCUAUGAUGACUUGGCGGUCUUGUGCAUACACUAUCACAGCACUAGAAUGGUAUUUACGAGAUGUUGGUAAACCACUUUUAGGUGACUUUUCAAGCCGUCAAGAAGAUUGCAUUGAUGCAUUGGUGCGUGUCACAAGUAUUCUAGGUUCUGUAUGGAAUAAAGAGCAAGUCAUCAAUAACCAUGGGCUCAAACUCUUACAACUGAUUUUAGAUGGUAACCACUGCGUUUUAGACUGGGAUUGCUUUGGCGUUCUGGUGCCCUUGACAAUGGCACUGCCAAACUUAUUUUACCCAGAGAAACCAACACCUCUCCCACUAGGAACUGCCAUUGAUUGCUACACACUACGACUCAUUUUUACAGCACAUAUAACGCAAAUUAUCUUAACAUGUAAUUUGGACCCUAAUGAUUUUAUGGAUGACAAUGUGAUUGAGGAUGCAUCAGAUUUUGAGUGUUUGCGAAAUAUCAUCAAAAUCCUUCGUGGAAUGAAAAAUGACGACGAGAUUUAUCCUUACGUAGCGUGGAAACAAAUUCAAAGGCUUUCCCGGCCUUUCCUACGAUCAGCUGUUAUAUUUUACCACUUUCUCACCGGAGUCCCUGCCCCACCUUGUCUAACAGAAGUUGGAGGAGACACUUAUGAAAAUAUGUGUCGAUAUCUUGGCUUGCCCACAUCGUGUAAAGAACUUUUAGACCAUGAAUCUAUUACAAAAUUAAUUACUAAAUGGAGUGAACACAAAAAGAUAAGAGAAAUCAUCCAUGAAAACAAAACAUAUCCGUUCAGGGAUCUCCUAGCAAUAAAUCAAUUGGUCAAUUUGCCUGAAGACUAUAGCGAGCUGAUAAAUACAGUUUCAUUGUUUACAUGUCCAAAUAGUGAUCAUGAAGAUUCAAGAAAUCCAACUAUGUGCCUCGUUUGUGGCGAAAUGCUCUGCUCUCAAAGUUACUGCUGUCAAACAGAGAUUAGUUCUAACACAUUGGUCGGUGCUUGCAAUUACCAUGCGCAUACAUGUGGAGCGGGUGUUGGGAUCUUCUUGCGUGUGCGAGAGUGCGAAGUGUUACUCCUAGCGACUCCAAACAGAGGCUGCUUUUUGUUACCGCCGUACUUAGACGACUAUGGUGAAACAGACCAAGGUCUCCGCAGAGGGAACCCUCUACACUUGUGCCACGAGCGGUACAAAAAGUUGAAAUUGCUAUGGCUCAGCCAUGGCAUCCAUGAAGAAAUAUCACGGUCGGUCGAAUCCAUAUACCGAGUGCAUAACCUUCAAUCAACCCAGUGGCAACACCUGUAAUGUAUCUUUCUUUUUUUGUUGACAUCAUAGGAAGUUAGAGGCUCAAUGUGGGCUAGAAAAUAUCAUUCAGUUUUAAGCUGUACAUUGAAAGAUGCCUCUACUGCCUUGCAUAUUUUGAUUCUUGAGAUUUCUAGCUUUGAAGCCCAAAAUGUGAAAGGUAAAAAACCCAUUUCCCGUUUUUGUAGAAAGAUGGUGUCUCUAAGACUAAUUUUAAUGGAAUCAGAAAUUGGAUGGAUCUAGAUUCCUUUUUUAUUUCAUUUUAAUUUUCUCUUUCGUUAAUAUGGGACUCAAAUCUUAAUUCCUUUGCUUUCUGUGACGCCCAAAUUUAUUCUCCUGUACUCAUUAAAAAGUAUUCAUCUGCGCCUUGGAAAAAAAGAGAAGUAAGGAAAAUUAACAGAAACAAGUUCAAUUUACCAUUUUGAGCACCAAACCCUAUUGAGCUCUUAAUUAGUGAGGACUUGGCUCUUUUAUAACAACCAAUUUGAGUGAUUAGUAAGCUUAGCUCCCUUAAUUUUUUCAUUUUUAAUAACGUUCGCUUGCAAUAAUUAGGAGUGCUCAUUCUAAUUUCUAUUUUAGUACCAUUUAAUAUGAAAUUCUGGUCUCUGUGUUGAACCUGUUAAGGAUCUCACAUUAGUUUAUCAGUCCUUUCACAUUCAAAGGAAACUUGAAUGGAAAAAUCUGAGACGGGUUUUAGAAAUGAAUUUUUCAUAUAAUCUUUGCAGAGUGUAAAAAAAUGAAUCCUUACUAACUUUCUUGCUUUUAUAUCUUUUCUUUGGUCUAGCCACAAAUUAAGUGACUUUUGGACAUCAAUUGCUUGCCUUUAUCAUGAAAAAGAUGUGUAAUUUCGUAUUUUAUAAAUUUCUUUUUGUAUUUUGCUGUCAACAUUACGUCAAGAAGGAGGGGCAAAAUCUAGGGAAAAAGUUGAAUCUAAGACAACUCUAUCAACUUAGUUGACUUAAAAUGGUCAAAAAUGUGCCUUGUAUUCUUUUUCAAAAAAUGUCUUUUUUGUAGAAGCUUAGAUCAAUAAAUUGCAGCUAGAUAAAAUCAAAACUUUCAUAAGUUAAACUGAUCCUUAUGUCACGAUAAUAGUUUGAAGAGAUUAUACACAAUCACUUCGCAAGUCACCCUUUGAAUUAUUGGAGUGUAAUUUUAAAGUAUGAUAAAGAAUUUUUAAUGACUUAGACCCCUAGACCCUGCCAAUGGUCUUCUUGCGUUGCGAAAAAAGUUGUAUGAUUUUACUGUGGGAAGUUGAAUCUCAGUCAUGAAGAAAGCGUUUAUUCUCCCACUAGUGGCCCACUCACUCUAACCUUGCCGCACAACAAAUCUAUUGUACAUAAAAAUCUUAGCUAAUCCUUGCUAAUAAUUGUGCAGUUUGUGGAAGGGUUAGUGGAAUAUUUUUCUUGUUUUCACCAUUUUAUUUUAACAAGAUUACGUUUCAGUUUUUAUUCAAGUGUGAUUUUUUACUUCUACGUUUUUUAAAAUCUCAUUUCGUGCAGUCUAACUGUUUGGAUGACAAAAAGUAGGAAUUGAACCUAACCAGCUACUUCAGCAGCUUGCAAUCACUUCCCUUAUCACUUUUAUAUUUCAUGUUGUACUUGCAAUGAAAUCAAUUGCUCUGAGUUAUUGUUUCAGCAAGAACCUAUAAUUUUUCAGAAAUAAGUAGUCUUUGCUUUUGUUAAUAGUCAUCUCCUCUCUAUCUUCUUGUUUUUUCUGUAUGUAAGUAUUAGUUUGUAUCUCCUUACAGUUAUGGCUUUCCCAAUGAAAUUUUAAAGUUUUCACUUUACUCUCUAUCUCUUACAAUUUUCUGUGUACAUACCAUUAAUACUCUAUCGAUAACAUUAGUCUGUAAAAGUGUACCAUUCAAAUUUUGUUCAAGAAGAGCUUUUAGUUACACAGGUCUGUCAACUAGAAGCCUUUUAUUAACGACUCAUUUAUAAUUUUAUAAAAAUUCGAAGCUUUCUGUGCAGAAGCCUUAAGGAAAACGACCAAACUUUGAGGAAUCACUGAGAAAAAAUUAUUUGAACAGGUAUUCAAUUUGAACAAAAUUGAAAAUGAUUCUCUAUGAUUAUUAGAUCAUCAGUAACUUUUGUCCUCAUGGUUUAAAUUGGGCAAACAAUUUUGUGUUUAUUGACAGGUUGAGAGAUGAUGUUUGCAUGUAAAUUUGUUUUUGUCUCAUCAAAUGGCUAUCAUUAAAAUUUAAAAGUUCCUAAAAAUAUUUUAAAUGUUUGACCAUGCAAAUUUAAAACAUGAAAUCCUCAUUUAUCUUUUGAGGCUUUAAUUGAAGAGUUUCUAAUUGUUUUAAUUUGGACACAGAAGUGAUCACCAGAUUUUAGUGUUGUGCUGAGGAAUUAUUUUUGAUAAGGGUUGAACUGAAAAGAUCAAAUUUGAAUUUGUUAAACACUUUAACUAUUAUUAUUUUUUUUCGUUGCUCCUGGAGAGUUGGUCUUUUUUUUUUCUUCUUUUUUCUAUCCAAGAGAAUUGGAGUUUUCAAUAAACGUAAAGGAAACAACUAAAGUGAAUCACUUCUUUUCAAGCUGAAAAUGUUGUGUUUUACUUCAGCGUUACCCCAUUUGAAUUUUUCUGUCACAUGGAAUCAUCACAGUGUUUUCUUCUUUCUCAGCAAAUUGAUUUAGUCAAAUGAGGUGUAAAUUACUUUUAUUUUUCACUGUCCCGUAGGGGUAAAAACUGUUGAAAUACGAAUUCAGCUGUCGAAGUAUUUCUGAUGAGAAUCUUUUUAAAGAAUGUUCCUAUGAACAUGAAAAAGUAUCAAAAGUGGAUUUGAUCGAAAAAUCAGUUUUUUUUUUUUUAAAUAAUCCUUUUUUAUCAGCUCUAUGUUAGAGAAAUGUGCUGCUAUAUUCUUCUCUUUUAAAGAAGGAGUAUUGUAAAUAUUUCUCACCAAUUGUGAUCAAGUGUUUGUUGUUCUUCUGAGAAAUCAAAGCACAGGUCGUCUUAGAGAGUUGAAUUUUUUUCUCAAAUCAAACAGGGGCUAUUCAUAGUGCUUUUUGUUUGUAUCUCAAAUGUACUCAGUGAAUUUCCACAUGGAAAGAAAUGUUUUAAAAAAUGCCAACGUUUGACUCAAAAAAAGUAUGAAUGCUCUUCUAACGUACAUCCUGUGCUUAAUUAAAUUGUUGCGUUUUUAGUUUCUGUGUACAUAUAUAUAUUGAACUUGUAAAGAUUUGUGUGAUAAAUAAAUCUUUAAGAAGUUUA